CCUAACUAAGUAGGAAAAGAAAACUGCCAUGCACGUGUUAGUGGAAACGAAGUGAAGUUGACACCGAUCACUUUUAAAGAUAAUGAAAAUACAAAAAUGGGAUGUGAAGAAAAACAAGAAAAAUAAAGGAGCUUGAAAAAAUUUUCGUACUCCUCCUUAUCCUCUCAGUGAUGGAACAUAAGUCGGGGAUGAACGGCGGUAAGCCCAUCCGUUGCAGAGCGGCGGUCUGCCGGAAGGCUGGAGAGGCGCUGAUGAUGGAGGACAUAAUGGUCUCUCCGCCGAUGCCUCGUGAGGUUCGGAUACGGAUCAUUUGCACCUCUCUUUGUCAUACCGAUAUCAAAUAUUGGAAAAUGAAGGAUCCUCCGGGGAUUGUUCCAAGAAUUCUUGGCCAUGAAGCUGUCGGAGAGGUUGAGAGUGUAGGAGUUGAAGUAAGUGAAGUAAAGCAAGGUGAUUUUGUGAUCCCAACAUUCAUGGCUGAGUGUGGGGAAUGUAGAGAUUGCACGUCAAGUAAGAGCAAUCUUUGCUCUAAACAACCUUUUAAGCUCUCUCAAGGGAUGCCUCAAUGUGGAACAAGUAGGUUCACGGAUCUUAAGGGAGAGGUUUUGCAUCAUUUUAUGUUUGUGUCAAGUUUCAGCGAGUACACUGUGGUGGAUGUUUCUCAUCUCAUUAAGCUUGAUCCUCUUCUCAUCUCUCCUGACAAGGCAUGCCUCCUAGGUUGUGGCGUAUCGACAGGGGUGGGUGCUUCUUGGAGAACAGCAAAAGUGGAGAAGGGAUCUACUGUUGCCAUUUUUGGGCUGGGGACUGUGGGCUUAGCAGUUGCUCAAGGAGCAAGAAUAUGUGGAGCAGCUAGAAUUAUUGGAAUAGAUGUCAGCCCAUAUAAAUUAACAUUGGCAAAAGAGUUUGGAGUCACAGAGGUUGUUAAUUCUAGAAGCAUUGGAGACAAAUCUGUGAGCCAGGUAAUCAAUGAGAUGACGGAUGGGGGUGCAGACUAUUGCUUUGAAUGUGUUGGACUAAGUUCCUUAAUCAAGGAAGCAUUUGCAUGCUGCAGAAAGGGUUGGGGGAAAACAAUUAUAUUUGGUGUGGAGGACCAAGCGUCACUUUUAGGUGUCAAAUGUAUGGAUGCCAUUUGUCAAGGAAAAAUGUUGAUGGGAUGCAUAUAUGGUGGACUUAAGCCCAAAUCAGACAUUCCCACACUCCUUCAAUGGUACAUGGAUAAGAAAUUACAAUUGGAUUUAUUUAUCACACAUGAAGUUGGGUUUGAAGACAUCAACAAAGCUUUCAGUUUGCUAAGUGAAGGCCAAUGCCUCAGGUGUAUGAUCUGGAUGACCAAAUAAUAAAGCAAACUCCUGCCCUUUUAAUCCUCAAACUUAAAGCAACUUUCAAUAUUACCAACUCCGUUUUGUAUUGAAGUUUAAUGUUUCUUUAGAACACAGCAAAUGCACGAGACGCUCCAGUGAAAUAUAUGUUGGUUGAGUUUAUCGUACUCCUUGAUGAUCCGAAGUGUCGAAGCCUAUACACACCUGGAUCGGCGUCUAUCGGUAUGUCCCAUUCGAUAGUCGCUAAGCUGUUGAUUAAUGUGGUGUUGUCUAAUUUCCAUUUAAAAGAUACGGAGAAAUCAUCGUCAUCAUAUGCUGGUGUCCAUCGCUGUUUCUCUAGCCUUUCGACUAAGGCAUACGUCCCUUCGGUUAAGAGGUCAAAUCUUGGGUUUGCACUCCAAAAUGUGGCGGUUGGCUUUUGUUUGCUCCCAGUUUUGAACCAACCGUCUUUUGGUAGUUCGACGUCUUGUUGAAUGUCUCCAAAGUUUACACCGUCCGGGGGAGAUUCUCCAAAAGGGUCCAUUACCAAGCGGAGUUGGACAGAGGAAAGGUCUGGUGGUGAGGCGAUUGGUUUGGCAACUUUUUCACCUUUGGCUAUUGCACUUGCUAGUUUCUUGAACUCUUGUAUGUAUGCUGAUAGAGUGUGUGGCCCAUAGAGAGUCGAGGCAGCCUAAAUAUAACAUGAAAACAUCGAAUGAUUAAUAAAAAUAACUUAACUUAAAUCGUCA